UUGGCCUUGUAGCAAUCUAGAAAUGCACUGCAGCAAAAGCCACGGUUGACCAAGUUAGUUUGAAGGAAAGUCGUUUUCAUCAUGUUUUUUUUUUUCCAGUCUUGGCUAAAUAAAUCUGUAUAUGUGAACGUAUGUGUUACAUCACUUCAGAGUUCAUAUUGGUUGUGCCAAUGCAACCAGGAAACCCUCCAAGAACUGAGUUUGGCAUCCCUGGCAUAUAAGAUCUAGCAUACAUGUUAUUGGUUUUAAUGUUUUACGUGUCUAAAUGUUUUAAUAUCUGUAGCUUUGUGGCACUAUACUGUUUUUGUGCGUGUCUAUUUUCACCUUAGACCUGAUGACAUUGAAAGAGGAGAGUCAAGAUCUAAAUGAAAUGGAAGAGAAAGAUCAAUCUAAGACAGACCAUUAUUUCAUAACUGAAGAAAAAUCACAGAAUAAAACAACUUCGUCACGAAAAAGGACUCAAAAGACAAGGAAUGAAAGUUAUUUUACUUGCCAACAGUGUGGAAAGAGUUUCCGUCAAAAAGGACAUCUAAACCGUCACAUGAGAAUUCACACAGGAGAGAAGCCUUACACAUGUCAGCAGUGUGGAAAGAGCUUCACACAUCAAGGAACCCUUACAGUCCAUAUGAUAACUCACACUGGAGAGAGUCCAUUCAUGUGCCAACAGUGUGGAGUGAGUUUCACUCAUAAAAGAAGCCUUAACAGGCACAGGAGAACUCACAUUAGAGAGAAGCCUUUCACAUGUCAACAGUGUGGAAAGAGCUUCAGUGUACAAGCAAACCUUAAAGUCCACAUGAGAGUUCACACUGGAGAGAAGCCCUUCACAUGUCAACAGUGUGGAAAAUGUUGCACUCAAAAAGGAAACCUUAAUAAGCACAUGACAAUUCACACUGGAAAGAAGCCUUACACCUGCCAACAGUGUGAAAAGAGCUUCAGUGCACAAACACACCUUACAGCCCACAUGAGAAUUCACACUGGAGAGAAGCCGUUCGCAUGUCAACAGUGUGAGAGUUUCAAUCAUCAAGGAAACCUUAAAGUCCACAUGAGAACUCACACUGGAGAGAAGACCUACAAUUGACAACAGUGUGGAAAGAGUUUCGAACAACUUUAGAAAAAAAAAUCAACAAGCAAUUUACAUUUUGGACACAAAAAAAAUGUGUUCCCUACUGACGUUUCAUUUCAUUUACUAGUGGCCAGACGUUCGUCAACAUUUCUGUGCCAAGAAGACUGCUAUGGAGAUUGUCUAACUAACUCUGAGUAAAAUUAUGGUUUUCUUUUUCUGUUUGUGUACUCUGUUAAUUAUAAUAAUAAAGAGUGCGCUG